AUGUCUUCUCCGCACGAAUACUUCAAAAAAAGAGCAUCAGAUUGGAACAUUACUGGAUUCCUUAACGUAUGUGAGCUGGAGUCAUUCCAACAAAUAAUAGAAUGCUACCUUACUUCUCUCGAUAGUAUUAUUAAGACUGAGUCAGGUCACAAGCGUGAAAAAGCACAAAUUCUCUACGAUAAGUAUAAGAAGGCAGGUCUUCGAGUCGAGCCACAAACUGGUGCUGGGGCACAGGGACUUAGACCCGAUCGCGAACUUGCGAGGAAAUGGGAUGAUGAUCGUGCGCGCAAACAAGUUCAUAUCCAUGAGCCGACUUACUUUGAUUAUGGAUUCAUACAUGGGUCCGUACAGACUAUCAACGGGACUAUAACUGGUGGCACGUUCGCUACCGGAUCAUCCAAGUCAGAAAGAGAUCGGGAAAAGGAUUUAAAUAACGAGACCGAAAACUUCUUUCUAAGUCCUUCCGAACGACAAUCAUCCAAUUUGUUUGGGGAAGUAAAACAUGACGUUUCCAACGAAUCGGACAACGAAGAGGGCGAGAUUGUUCAUCGGACAGAAAAACAUAAGCGAGAUGAGCCUCCUCGUUGCCUUAAUUGUGAUGCAGAGGUGGCUUUCCGGAUGGCUUAUGAUGCUAUCCCAGAAACUUCGAAGUUGCGGUUGAGUAGUACGGGCAGAAUUGUGGAGGACAUUCUCUUUGAAUUCGCCAAAGACAUGGACUAUGAGCAUCAUGCCCAUUCCUACAUUGUUGACUUUGACGACGAGGAUAUCAAAGCAUUAUUUGAUGAAGAGGAGUGGAAAGAAUUAACAAAAGAUAAAAUUGGAGUUCCUUCAAUUCCAUGCGACAUUGCAAAAGAGCUAGCGAAAUACGGAAAAAAAACGUUAAAAGAAUUACGUGCAAUAGUGAUGGUACCAUACCUUAAAGAGGGGGAAGAAUACGAUGUCAACAAACAUCACGGACAAGAAUGGAUCCAAAUGGCCAUGCGAACACUUUGCAACCUGUAUGGAAAUGUGGAUGCCCCGUUAAUUAGGAGCCAAUAUGAAGAUUGGUUCACGGUUGCGCUUUUUGGAACGUGCAUCGAUUUCUGUAUUAGGGAACUGGGUACCGACAUUAAAAGAACUGACGCACCAUCACUAAGUAGUGCAAACAGGAAAAACCGUGGCCGAAAAGCAAAUACGCGUACGCGAAAGCUCAUCGGUCGUAAAAUUGAUGGAAUAAUACAUAUCGUUGACAAACCUCUCGAAGUUGGAGCCAUCGAAGGAGCAAGAUCCUAUUCAGGAGUUUCUGACCAGAAAUAUCUUCUCGAGACAUUUAAGAUGCCGAAGACUCUUCGCGACAUGUAUGCUGAAUUAAUGAGGGCUUUAGAUUAUGAUGAUCAGAAAGCAAAUAAAAUUCAAGUAAUCGGCAUUUUACAUCUUGGGUUAUGGAUCCAAUUCGCUAGGUUGUGGCGAGCUGGCGGGUCGAUUUGCAUUUUCCGCAAAGACUCCCUAUCUCAUAAUGUAGAUAGUAAGUUUUCAGAAAUGGGGGUAAUAUCCUUUCUCAAGCUUCUCGUAUCAAUUUAUCAACAUAAGAUUAUCAUAAAGGACAACCUACAAAUCCUGAAUAUUUGGAACAACAACGCUAAUAUUAAGUCAGGAGAUGACUUGUUAAAUGAAUUGUUGGAAUUUGGCCAAUCUUCGUCAUCAUACUCAGUUUCUUCACCACCACGCUCAGUUAAAUUUUUCUCUGAUUCCUUCAAGACCCCAAGGAAGCAAAGAAAAACAAAUCCA